UUUAUACAGAGGAAGAAAAGAUACCCUCUUCUUCACCUGAGCAAAAACCCAUAGAUAGACAAACAUCACUCAUCUUUCUCAACAUAAUAAAGUGAACUCCCCCCAAAUGGAGUACCACAACAAAACCUAAAAUCGAGGCCCCCCUCCCCACCCCCUUUUUUAUUUUUUAUUUUUUAUUUUCCUCGAGUGAAAAAUAAAAUAAAAAUAAAGUGGUGGAAACCAAGAAAUUAAAUCUCAACACCAAUAAAAACCAUCUCCCAAGAAAAAAAAAAAAAAAAAACCCAUCAAGAAAAUCUUAUCAAGAAUCAAGAAUCCUUAAAAAAAAAAAAAAAAAAAAAAAAAAAAACCCUUGCUUUGAUUCAUUAAAAAUUCCGACCAAUGGGUUUGCCCAAAAAAAACCCCAUUUGGUUCUUGUCUGUUUUCCUGCUGAUUUCCGCCAUUUUCGAACUUCCCAAGAAAUCCACAUCUGCAGCAGACUACACUACAUUAGUGUACAAGGGUUGUUCGAAGCAGUCCUUAUCAGAUCCGACAGGGGUUUACUCGCAGGCGCUGUCUUCCCUCUUCGGCACGCUCGUCGCCCAGUCGUCGAAGGCGAAGUUCUUCAAGACCACCGCCGGCGGCGGCCAGACCACAAUCACCGGCCUCUUCCAAUGCCGCGGCGACCUGACGAACGUGGACUGCUACAACUGCGUCAGCCGGUUGCCGGUUCUCACCGACAAGCUCUGCGGCAAGCAAAUCGCCGCGAGAAUCCAGCUCCUCGGCUGCUACAUGAUGUACGAGGUUUCCGGGUUCGCCCAGAUAUCCGGGAUGGAAAUGCUGUACAAGAGCUGCGGCGGGGCGAACGCCGCCGGCGGAGCCGGGUUCGAGGAGCGGAGGGACACCGCCCUGGUCUCCCUCGAGAACGGAAUCGGCGGCGGCGCCGGCGGGUUCUUCGCGACGAGCUACGAGGCGGUUUACGCGCUGGGGCAGUGCGAGGGGGAUGUCGGAGCCGCCGACUGCGUGGAGUGUGUGAAGAGUGCGGUGCAGAGAGCGCAGGUUGAGUGCGGGAACUCCGUCGCCGGACAAAUUUAUCUCCAUAAGUGCUACAUUGGUUACACUUAUUACCCGAACGGGGUUCCGAAAAGAUCGUCUUCUCCGUCGUUUUCAGCUCCUUCUUCUUCUUCUUCAGGGUCGGGACCAAACACGGGGAAAACAGUGGCGAUAAUAUUAGGAGGGGCAGCCGGAGUUGGGUUUUUGGUCAUUUGCCUUCUCUUUGCAAGAGGUUUAUUGAAGAAGAAAGACGAUUAUUGAACGAGAGCAAUUGAACUCCACAACGAGCAUUGUCCGAUUCCGAAUUCAACCACAACAAUGUAUUUAUCGUGUUAUUACCGGUCGGAAAUUCAAGAACAAUUUCUUCUUUCUUUUUUUAUUUUUAAUUUUUUUUCGGGUAGUAGAGAUAAGUUAGAGAAGAGAAAGAAGUUAUGACCACUAGUUUUGAGUAGAGAAUACAACCCUAUUUAUUUUUUAGCCUUUCUCUUUUUUUUUGUUUGUCCUAUUUGGCAUGUGAACUCUGUUUUUAUUUUUGUCUUGGAAUAUUUCUUUCAACUUCUUCAAGGUUUUUAUGCUUUCGAGGGUAGAAAAGCACACUUCUCUGUGUGUGUGUGUGUGUGCGUGUUUUGUAUGUAUAUAGUGUAUGUA